UGUCUCGCAAUUGUCCAAAGGAACCUGAGAAGGAGGCUUGGCUGUGCUCUGCACGCAAAGCCACGGCCUCUCCCUGCGACCUCCCAUUACAAUGGUCAAGCCAUUGACUUUUAAGGGCGACAAAAAGCCCAAGAAGAGAAAGCGGACCGACGAAGAGUCGCAGGCCCGGAAACAACAGGUCGCCGCCCAGACCCAGGCCGAGGACGAGGAUGCGUCCAACGACGAUAGCUGGGUGUCGGCCGAAGCCAUUGGCGAUGUCACCGGCCCGAUAAUAUUCGUCCUGCCGACGGAGCCGCCCUCGGCACUGGCCUGCGACGCCAACGGCAAGGUCUUCACGCUGGCCCUCGAGAACAUCGUCGAAGGGAACCCGACCAGCGCCGAGCCCCACGACGUGCGCCAGGUCUGGGUCGCCAACAAGGUCGCCGGCACCGAGAACUUCCGCUUCAAGGGCCACCACGGAAAAUAUCUGGGCUGCGACAAACUGGGAAUACUGUCGGCAACCGCCGAUGCCGUGUCCCCUCUAGAGUCCUUCAUUCUCAUCCCGACGCCCGACUCCCCCGCCACAUUCCAGGUCCAGACGCUGCGCGACACCUUUGUGGUCGUUAAGCAGAGCGCAUCUGCCAAAGCUGGCCCCGAGGUCCGGGGCGACGGCUCCGACAUCUCGUUCGAGACAACACUGCGCAUCCGUAUGCAGGCUCGCUUCAAGCCCCGCAUAAAGGUCUCCAAGGAGGAGAAGGCUCGCGAGAAGAUCAGCCGGAAGGAGCUGGAGGAGGCCGUGGGGAGGCGGUUGGAAGAUGACGAGGUCAAGGUGCUGAAGCGCGCCAGGAGAGAAGGCGAUUAUCACGAACAGCUCCUGGACUUCAAAGUCAAGAACAAGCACGACAAGUAUGGCUAGAGGGAUAUUACGUGUGCCGGUCAGUGGCCGGACGGGUUUUUGAUGUCCGCGGUCGCGUCCUCAAAACUGGCAUCUUGACUCCGCCAUCCCCCCCCUUGCCAUGCCGCGGCCUACCUCCCUACGCAUUGGCCUGCUCAGAAACACGACAAUAGUUGUCAAUAUCCCAACUUCCGCCCAGACCCUCAUCAGCUACUGCAAUCAUGGACCCUGUGCUCCCCAUGUCUUGAUUUGGCCGUCCUCUCCAGCUGUGAGAACCACUCGCUCCCGGUCCAACACUCGGAACGACCGAACAACCUCGGAGCCGUGGGCCCCUGGCAGGCCGACGAGGGAGCUACUGUCGAAUCCCCAACUAGCUGCACCCUUGGAUAGAUGGACCAGUUCGAACUUUUGUUGACUAUCGUCCAAGUAUAAGCUCUGAUUAAUACCGAAUUCCAAGGAGGGAAACCGCACCUACGUCCCCGGGGGGGGG